UCAAUUGAUUCGUUUUGUCGAGAGAAAGUUCUGUAAUUUAAUUCGCAAGUUCGCUAUCCAAUCAAAACCCAUUGUUUCUUUUUGUGUAAAUUGUUUGUAUUGUGAUCGGCUUGCACGAAAUCGAGAGUGGAUGAAGGAAAAGGUGCGGUUUUCAUGGCGAUAGCUGAAGAAACGGACAAGGCGAUGAUGGAGGAGCAAUGCACCUCGGUCGUCUCGACGUCCGGCGAUCGCCGUUUCGAGAAGCUUCGAGGCGUAAGGUGGCGUAUAAACCUAGGGAUUUUACCUUCUUCUCCGUCGUCCUCCAUUGAUGAGCUUCGCAGAGUAACCGCUGAUUCCAGGCGAAGAUACGCUGCUCUGAGAAGGCGUUUCUUGGUUGAUCCACAUUUGCCUAAGGACGGACGCAAUUCUCCAGAUCUCGCCAUCGAUAAUCCAUUGUCACAAAACCCAGACAGCACAUGGGGAAGAUUCUUCCGAAAUGCAGAGCUGGAGAAAACACUUGACCAAGACCUGUCCCGGCUUUAUCCCGAGCAUGGUAGUUACUUUCAGUCACCGGGUUGUCAAGGCAUGUUAAGACGUAUACUUCUCUUAUGGUGUCUUAGGCAUCCUGAGUUUGGAUAUAGACAAGGGAUGCAUGAACUUUUGGCUCCACUGCUGUAUGUUCUACAUGUUGACGUGGAAUAUCUUGCUGAAGUGCGAAAAACCUAUGAAGAUCACUUCACUGACCUGUUUGACGAAUUAGCCCUUCAAGAACGUGAAUCUCCAUAUAAUUUUGAUAUAAAAAAGUUCUUGGAUUCCAUGGAAGAUGAGCCUGGUCCCCUCGGAAGCGCGAAGAAACCAAAGAGUCUCGACGAACUUGACCCCGAGACCCAGACUGUCGUGCUGUUGAGCGAUGCAUAUGGAGCGGAGGGCGAACUCGGAAUUGUCCUGUCCGAGAAAUUCAUGGAGCAUGAUGCAUACUCCAUGUUCAAUGCUCUCAUGAACGGAUCAGGCCGUGGUUCAGUCUCCGUGGGCGAUUUCUUUGUCUAUUCCCCUCCGAGUGAUUCUGUCACAGGAAUGCNUCCUGUAAUCGAAGCAUCUGCUGCAUUGUAUCAUCUGCUGUCUCUUGUCGAUUCUUCUCUGUAUAGUCAUCUUGUCGAACUUGGUGCCGAGCCACAGUACUUUGCACUCCGGUGGCUAAGGGUUCUGUUCGGGCGAGAGUUUUCGCUAGGUAAUCUCUUGAUAGUGUGGGACGAGAUAUUCUCUGCAGAGAAUUUUGAAGAAGAGAGAUCCGUAGAAGCAGAUCAUGCAUAUGGAUUCAGGAUCCUUAAAUCUCGUCGGGGAGCUCUGAUUGCAGGAAUUGCGGUUUCCAUGAUGCUCUAUCUAAGAUCGUCUCUGCUGGCAACUGAAAACGCUACUUCUUCUCUCCAGAGACUGUUGAAUUUCCCGGAGGACGUCGAUCUGAGGAAAAUCAUUGAAAAGGCCAAGUCUUUACAGGCUCUGGCUCCGGAAGUCAACACCCCGCAUGAUUUUCUUCCAAAAGGGUCUCAUAAUCCGAGAAAACCGGCCUAUAUGAGAGGCCACAGCUUAUCGCUUGAUUCAAUCUCUCUCGGUUCACCUGUAAGGACGGUACGAGAGAGCUACUGGGAGGAGAAGUGGAGAGUUCUGAACAAUGCUGAAGAAGAAGAAGAGAGACAAAACUCGUCUUGGAGGCAGAAAACGGGGAAGAAGAGUUGGUCGGAAAGAGUGAAGCUGAGGCUUUCUAGGACAGAAUCCGACCCUUCAUCGGCCGAGAAGACUGUGAAGGGGAAAAAGGUGCCUGUCAGGCGGAGUUUGCUUGACAAUUUGUCCCGACGGCUCACUGAAGAAAACACUGCAGCCGAAGCAGAUGGUCACGUGUCUUCGAGCCCGAGCAAUGACGAUAACAAUAACAAUAACAAUCAAGUGGAUAGUGUGGAAAGUUUGUCCGUUAUAUCCGAUACACCAAGCCUCGAUAAGGGUGCAGAUUACGAUGAAAACGUGUCUGAUAAAAGCAGCAUUGGAUUGGGUUUCUCCCGUUGCAACAGUAACAACAACCGUGUGGAUUUGCCUCCUUCAGUUUCUGAAGAACGUGAAGACAAGAACGAGUUGAAAGACAAAACAGAGGCGGUGUUCUUCAGGGAAAGGAAGCUUCUAUCUGGCAAACUCCAGAGGUUCUGGAGGUUUGGAAGAAACGAUUCCUUUAGUGAGGAAACUUCUGGAAGAAAGGGAAGCAAUGGGACCAAUGAUAAUAAACUGAGAGGUUCUGAAAACGGGACGUCCGGUUCGGCGUUCUGUUCAACGACGGGGAAAGGAGAGACGCUCAAGAAUAUGGGGCUGUCCAUGCUUGAACAUAUCAAGGUGUUGGAGUCAGUUUUACAACAGCGAGAUCAGAUAACGGCGGAGAACAUGUCUGGAAACGGACAGCUGACAGCUGAGGAGUCUCUCAGGGAGUUGCGGAGACUCAGUGAUAUGCUGUCAGAAUUGUGAGUUGAAUCCUUCUUCUUUUUUUUGUUCUGUGAGAUACAUUUUUUUUUUGUAUGUGUGUGUUUGGAAUUGUACAUGUUCUAAGGCAAGAGAAGAAAAUAUCCAGUUUCUUCAUAUACAAGAAACCAACUUUCUUCAA